CGCCUACGCAAUCAAAACAGGACACGAAUUUGUGUUUUUCGCGAGUUGAACCAUUUUUGCUUGUUCAGCCAUAUCUAGUGAGAACAUUUUACGCAUUCAGCUGGUUACAUACAUAGGUUUUGCCGGCCUGAGACAGUUUUUUCCAACACCUUUACCACUCACCACGGCAAUCAAGAUGAUAGACUACAGUGCCGCCGAAGAGGAGAUGGACCGCGAAAUCAAUAGCUGGGGGUACACAAUGAACGCGACCGAUUACAUGAGCGGCUUGCGGAAUGUGCACCCGACGGCGAACUUUGCCAGCAGUGGCAUCGGCAUGGGCCGGGGACGUGGGGCUUUCGAUAUUUCACGCAAUAGGCUGGAUGAAAUCCGUCUUGCGGCUAGAAUCAAUCGACUGGAAGCACACAACAACCCAAUGGGACACUUGCCGACGACCGAAGAAACGCUCGCCAAAGAUGUCGGACCGGAAAUUGCGGCGGGUUUGCGUUCGAUCGGAAUUCUAAGCUCGGACGAUCAACUGAAAAACAAAGCAACUUCCCGCAAUGUGCCCCACUGCCGGAGUGAUAUACGCAUUGACCGAAAUGUGCCUCUUAUUUUAAAUGGUGACGUAUUCCGUGCCCGUGCUCGUGCCAGCGAUGGCUUUGACGGAGAAUUGCCAGCACAGCCGAAUGUGAAAUUUGAUCCAUCUAAACCGUUAGCAGAGCAGUUUACUACGAUCGAAGAAUUCCGAACCCAGCCAGAAUCGGAAAUUGUUGAGGAGAAAGCGAAAACCCCCACACAGAAAAUAACCAAAGCAGGAGCAAAGAAGGGAAAGAAAUCAAAAUGGACGAAGGUUCCAUUAUGUGAUUUUUUGGGCCCACCUGGCAAUAGUGAUAGCACAUGUGGACGCCCACCGUUACCGGUAGACAGCAUGUACGGAGGUCGUACUCUCUAUGGUAUCGAGGGAAAGCGAAUACUAUAGCAACGAUAUGAUUGGACCAACUUAACAAAAACCACCUGUUUGGAACUAUGCCUUACGAAACGUUGGAUUUUCCACAAAAGAGCAAGAAACAGAAAGAAUGUACAGCUGUGUAAAGAUUGAAUUUGCUAUAAGUAAUUACAAGCAAUGAGGUAGAUGUUAAGAUUUUAAUGAAUGCG